AUGGGCAAAGCUAAAAAGACGAGAAAAGCUUCCGUGAAGCGCAUGAUUUCAAAAGAUGAUAGUAGAUUAAAAGCAAAUCGUAACAAACCAGCGAAACCAGGAAAAGACGAGGAACUGGUAAAAGAAGUCCCUCAAGUUUCAUCAGCUUUAUUUUUUCAAUACAACGAAGCUAUUAAGCCCCCAUAUCAAGUCAUUAUCGAUACCAACUUCAUCAACUUUAGUGUGGAAAAAAAGAUUGAUUUAAUACGAGGCAUGAUGGAUGCCCUAUUUGCCAAGUGUAUACCCAUGGUCACAGACUGCGUGAUGGCCGAACUUGAGAAACUGGGACCUAAGUAUCGGAUAGCUCUGCGGAUGGCGCGCGAUCCUCGCAUUCAGCGCCUGACGUGUAGUCACAAGGGUACAUAUGCCGAUGACUGUAUUGUUCAGCGCGUGAUGCAACACAAGUGCUACAUUGUGGCAACAAAUGAUGCUGAUCUCAAGAGAAGAGUCCGCAAAAUUCCAGGUAUUCCGCUGAUGAGUGUUGGUGGCCGCAAAUAUGUUAUUGAGCGGUUGCCAGAAAUGUUUUAA